GAAAUGGCCCGUACUAAGCAGACCGCUCGCAAAUCUACCGGUGGCAAGGCGCCCCGCAAACAGUUGGCCACCAAAGCAGCUCGCAAGAGUGCGCCGGCCACUGGAGGAGUCAAGAAACCCCAUCGUUACCGUCCCGGCACCGUCGCCCUUCGUGAGAUCCGUCGCUACCAAAAGUCGACCGAGCUUCUGAUCCGCAAGUUGCCAUUCCAGCGCUUGGUCAGAGAAAUCGCCCAGGAUUUCAAGACCGACUUGCGUUUCCAGAGCUCGGCCGUCAUGGCCCUGCAGGAGGCCAGCGAGGCUUACUUGGUGGGUCUUUUCGAAGACACCAACUUGUGCGCCAUCCACGCCAAGCGAGUCACCAUCAUGCCAAAAGACAUCCAGCUUGCCCGCCGUAUUCGUGGUGAACGUGCCUAAGCGACCUAAUUCUCCUCGACUUACCAAUCGGCCCUUUUCAGGGCCACCAUUUACUAAAGCAAAGAUUAUCAAACACCCAUGAUUUUCAUUUCAAUACUAUUGUA